AUGAUAUCAACUUUUAAUUGUAUUGCUCACUUUAAACGAAAAAAUGUUAAAGCCGCUGGAGUUGCCAUAUAUCAGAGCUCGAAUAUUUCUCAUGUUUCGACCAAUAAUAUAGAUCUUAUGGUACAAAAUUCUACAGAAAUUAACGUGAGUAAAGCACCUGUAGGUGACCUGUGUGCUUCUCAAAUUGUUAUGGAUGACGGAAAAGAAUUUCUCAUGGUCAUUGUAUACAUUUCACCCAAUCAAAAAAUUAACGAUAUCAUUGCAUUUCACAGCGGCGAUUACUUCCUAUAG